AUGAGUUUUUUUUCUAUAUUUUCAAAGAAUAAUAAUAGCUCUUCAAAUACACCAAAUAAACAAUCAAAGAAUAUAUUAUCAAGAAUGGUUAAUCAAGACUUAGUAUUACAGGAAAAAUUAGAAAAAUUAGAAAAACAAAAAAAUUUAAGAAACCAGAAUCUUCUUAAUGAAGAAAAAAAUAUUAAAGAAUCUCAAGAAAAUAAAAUUCAUCUUCUUCAGAAAAAUUGCAACAAUGAUAAACUGAUUCAAUUUUUAUUAACUGAUGAAGAAACUACCAAUCAGUUAGUAUCUUCAAUUCAAAAGGAUAAUCUACUAAAACACAAACAAUUUUUGAAUCAUUUAAAAGAUGUUGAAAAAACAUCAAAAGAAUUAAUAAAUAAUACUCUUAACUUAAGCCAAUCAUUUCAAAUGAAUUAUUAUGAAAAGUAUAGUAAAUGUGAUAAAAUUAAACAUAUCAAUCGUGAUGAUGAAUUAAAAAUAAGAAAAACUGACAAAGAAUUUACAUUAAAAGUUGAACAAAUAAUUGAAGAAGUAAAUAUGCAACGUUGUUUACUUGUGAAUAAAUUGUCAAAUAAUGAUUCGUACGAAAUGGAAAAAUUAACUAAUCUUCUCAAUACAAGCAAUUGUUACCGUCAAGUUCUAAAAGAACAUUUGAAGUCUAUGUAUAAUCAGCUCAAAUAUUUAACUGCUGUUGAAUUACAAAAGCAAAACUCUCAGCUCAAUAAGCAAAUAAAUAAUUUAUGCAAUGAAAGAAUUACAAUAACAAAAUUGCUCUUGGAUUUUAUUGAUAAAAAAAACCAAAAUCAAAAAUUUUUAAUUCAAGAAUUAGAAGCUCAAAAUGUUGAAUUUGAUACAACUACAAAAUGGUUAUCACAGUAUUCAAAACUGGUUAAUGACAUGCCAUCUGAGUUAACAUUUUCCAAGAACACAAUUGACCCAACAUUAUUACACAGGGUGUGUACAGCUGGUGGUGGUCAUCUUCUGUUAUUUAUUUUGGAGAACGAUCUGAUAUUACCAUUGACAAAAGAAUACCUUGCAAAAAUGGGUGUUAAUAGCUGUGAUGAUCAAGCAAUAUUAAUAAAUACAUUAAAUUAUUUUCCUAUACCGUCUGCUCCAACCGAAAAUGAGUUUUCUCCAUCGGCCCCAUUUUUAGAGGAAGUUGAAUGUAUUGUCUGCAUGGAAACAAAAUUUGAGGUUUUGUUUAUUCCUUGUGGACACUUGUGUUGCUGUUGGAAGUGUGCAGAACAAAUAUCAUUGUGCCCUAUGUGCAGAACUGAAAUCUUACAUAAAUUUGAUGUUAAAAAUAUAACCUGA